AUGGUAUCGGAGCCUUCUCGCUUUGAUUCACAGAGUUCUUGGUCUGUGGAAUUUCAGUUUCAACUAUUUGUCACUGGAAAAGAAUUAUGGGGCCAUAUAGAUGGAAGUGAUCCUGCUCCUACUGAUCCUACAAAGUUAAAUCAGUGGAAGGUCAAAGAUGCUCGGGUGAUGACAUGGAUUUUAGGGUCAAUUGACCCUCUUAUUGUCCUUAAUCUCAGGCCAUACAAGACUGCAAAGGCCAUGUGGGAUUAUUUACAAAAGGUUUACAACCAAGACAAUAGCACAAGACGCUUUAAGCUAGAGCAUGAAAUUGCUAAUUAUUGUCAAGGAGAUCUCUCUGUUCAAGAUUAUUAUUCUGGAUUUCGGAACUUAUGGGUUGAAUUUACUGAUAUUUUUUAUGCUAAAAUACCUGCUGAAUCUUUCUCUAUAAUUCAAGUAGUUCAUGAGCAAAGCAAGCGAGAUCAAUUUUUGAUGAAAUUAUUUUUGAGAGUGUUCGCUCUAACUUGA